AAAAUCAAAGUAAGCAUUUCAAAGUCUAUCAGUUUUUACUAAACUUUUUACUUUUUAGAUCAAAACUGUUUAAAAUAAAAAAUUUUGGUAGUCGAAAUGUUUCGAAGAACUUUAAAUUUUAUAUUUAGUAAAAAUGUAUUAUCUAGUUCUAUUUUCAGGAAUAAGGGUAACUUUGACAAAAUUGAUAAAGGAGGAGAUCUAUCCAAAAUUGCUGGAGAAACAGGCGGUGUGGACGCCUACCAUGUUAAAAUACUUCAAGUAAACAAGGGAAAGGAGGCUAAAAUUAUGGAACUUACCGCACAAAUCGAGGCUCUUCAAAUGAAAAUCAAGUCUCUUGAGAAAGCAAAGUCUGCCGAGGCCAAGGCAGCUGUAGCGGAACUACAGGUGAUUCUUAAGGAUCUCAAAGCCGCCCUUCGGCAAUUGAGAAUGAGUAAUAAAUAAGCUUUUUAAUUCUUGUAUAAAUAAAACCAUAACAAACUGAUAUGACAUUCUUUAACAUAAAUUUGACGUUAUUUACAUGCGUUAGCUGUAAGCACACGGUACGUAUACGUAAUAAACGCAUGUUCAUAGCAUACUUAAUGGCUUAAAGAAUAAUUUUAUAAAUUGAUUUCCAAGCCUUGAUGAGAAUAUCAAAGUAAGCAAUUCAAACUAUAUCAGUUUUAUCAGAUCAAAAAGGUUUAAAGUAAAAAUUUUGGUAAUAGGAAUGUUUCGAAAGACUUUAAAUUUGAUAUGCGCUAAAAAGGUCUUGGCUAGUUCUUUUUUUAG